AUGGGACAAUUACCAAAGGUAGAAUGGAAGAUGUUCAUGUAUGGAAAUGAAGCAAGGGCUAAAGCUAAGUUCACUAUGUGGCUAUACUUCUAUGACAGGAUGCUAACUAAUCACAGAUUGAGUAAAUGGGGGAUGCAGGUGGACAGGGAAUGCAGUCUAUGUCAAAAACAUGAUGAAAACAGAAAUCAUAUCUUCAUUGAAUGUGAGUAUACUAAGAAUGUUUGGACAAAGCUACUGAAAUGGAUGCAAAGGCAACAACUGUGGGCAACAUCCUGGGAUCAGCACUGGCAAUGGGCAGCUAAGAAUGCAAGAGGGAAAUCAAGUAAAGCAGGAAUAUUCAGAAUGGUAUAUACAGAAGCACUUCAUGAGAUAUGGAAUGAGAGAAACCUUAGGAUAUUUGAAAAGCAAAGCAAGAAGGCUGAAGACUUAGCUAGGAACAUAGCAUGCAUAUGUAAUGUUAGAGCAACAAAUCAAAAUAGGCAGCUUAUACAGAAUUUUCAGUUUUGA